AUGUGCUUCUAUUACUGCGAACACUGUGUAAUGCGAUAUAGGAGACGUCUAAAUCCGAACCUUACGCUACUUUACGACGUUUCUAGCACUUAUUCGAAGCUGAAAUUGAGGAAACUGGGCCAUCCUGGACAUUCGUUCCUUAGAUCGUUUUCGUUGAGUUUCGAUUCGUGUUGGCCCCCUCCCCAGCCCCUGGCAGCUGCACUCUGCUCUCUGUGGACAUUUUACGUAAACGGAGCUAUUCGGGGCUGGGGAGACGGCUCCCUGAUAAAGAGCUUGCUAUGCAAGCACGAGCAUCUGAGUUUGGACCCCCGGCAUCCAUGCGAGAAGCUGUGGACAGUGACCCCCACCUGUAACUUCAGCACUAGGGCUCCCGAGAAGCAGCAGGACAAUGGGACCUGGCUGGUGACAGAGUUCGUGCUGGUGGGAUUCUCCAACCUCCCAGAACUGAGGUCCACUCUCUUCACCUUGUUCCUCCUCACCUACCUGGUCACACUCAGUGGCAACGCCACCAUCAUCACCAUCAUCCAGGUGGACCGCACCCUCCACACUCCCAUGUACCGCUUCCUGGCUGUGCUCUCCCUCUCUGAGACCUGCUACACCCUGGUCACCAUCCCCAACAUGCUGGCCCAUCUGCUGAUGGAGAGCCAGGCCAUCUCCAUCGCGGGCUGUCGGGCCCAGAUGUUCUUCUUCUUGGGCUUGGGAUGCAGCCACUGUUUCCUGCUUACACUGAUGGGCUACGACAGGUAUGUGGCCAUCUGCCAUCCCUUGCGCUACUCUAUGAUCAUGAGACCCGCCGUUUGCCUGUGUCUGGGAGCCUUGGUUUUCUGCUCUGGUUUCUCGGUGGCCUUGGUCGAAACCUGUAUGAUCUUCUCCUCGCCCUUCUGCGGCACAGGCCGCGUGGAACACUUCUUCUGUGACAUCGCCCCUGUGCUGAAGCUCAGCUGUGUAGACAGCACGCACAAGGGGCUUGGCAUCUUCUUCCUGAGCAUCCUGGUGGUGCUCUUCUCCUUCCUCCUCAUCCUCCUCUCCUACGCCUUCAUCGUGGCAGCCAUCGUGAGGAUCCCUUCAGCCGCGGGAAGGCGCAAAGCCUUCUCCACCUGCGCGGCCCACCUCACUGUGGUCAUAGUGCAUUUUGGCUGUGCCUCCAUCAUCUACCUGCGGCCAGACUCUGGGGCCAAUCCCUCCCAGGACCGCCUGGUGGCGGUGUUCUACACGGUGGUGACGCCGUUGCUGAACCCUGUGGUCUACACCCUGAGGAACAAGGAGGUGAGGGUGGCCCUGAAGAAGAACCUGGCACGGGGCUGCGGAGUAUUUAAGUAA